UCUGCAAUACUAAUUGAGUAAUAAUGGAAGACUAUACCAAAAUAGAGAAAAUUGGGGAAGGUACCUAUGGAGUUGUGUAUAAGGGAAGACACAAGACUACAGGUCAAAUUGUGGCCAUGAAGAAAAUCAGACUGGAAAGUGAAGAGGAAGGGGUUCCUAGUACUGCAAUUCGUGAAAUUUCUCUGUUGAAGGAACUUCGUCAUCCAAACAUCGUCAGUCUUCAGGAUGUGCUUAUGCAGGAUUCCAGAUUAUAUCUGAUCUUUGAGUUCCUUUCCAUGGAUCUCAAGAAGUACUUGGAUUCUAUCCCUCCUGGUCAAUUCAUGGAACCUUCACUGGUUAAGAGUUACUUGUACCAAGUCCUGCAAGGGAUUGUGUUUUGUCACUCCCGAAGAGUUCUUCACCGUGAUUUAAAGCCACAAAACCUGUUGAUUGAUGACAAAGGGACAAUUAAACUGGCUGAUUUUGGGCUUGCUAGAGCUUUUGGAAUACCUAUCAGAGUAUACACCCAUGAGGUAGUAACUCUGUGGUAUAGAUCUCCUGAAGUGCUGCUGGGCUCAGCUCGCUACUCGACUCCAGUUGACAUUUGGAGUAUUGGCACCAUAUUUGCUGAAUUGGCAACUAAGAAACCACUUUUCCAUGGGGAUUCAGAAAUUGAUCAGCUCUUCAGAAUUUUCAGAGCUUUGGGCACCCCCAAUAAUGAUGUGUGGCCUGAAGUGGAAUCCCUCCAGGACUAUAAGAAUACAUUUCCUAAGUGGAAACCAGGGAGCCUCUCAUCCCAUGUCAAAAAUCUGGAUGAAAAUGGCUUGGAUUUGCUCUCGAAAAUGUUACUCUAUGACCCUGCCAAACGAAUUUCUGGCAAAAUGGCAUUGAAUCAUCCUUACUUUGAUGAUUUGGACAACCAGUUUAAGAAUUAGCUUUCUGAAAAAAA